AUGGGCAAGGGCGGCGAGGCGCCCCCGAGCUUCAUCGUCUCCGACGAGAACAAGGAGCUCCUGAGCGGCAAGUCCUACGCGGCGACGAAGCUCGCGCCCGAGGACGCGUGGAUGGCGACGCUCGACCACGAGAAGUUCCGCGAGGACGUGCACGCGAUCGGCAAGGCGCUCGGCGCGGAGCAGGGCCCCAAGGACGUCGCGCACCUCACGAAGAUCGUCUGGUGGAGCCGCCUCUGCCAGUACGUGGGCUUCGCGACCAUGUGGACCUGCGUGAACCCCAUCUCCAUCUUCCUCCUCUCCGUGGGCACGCUCACGCGGUGGACGAUCAUCGGCCACCACGUGUGCCACGGCGGCUUCGACAAGUGCGACAAGAGCAAGCGCUACAACCGCUUCACCUUCGGCGUCGGGUCCCUCUGGCGCCGGUCCGUCGACUGGCUCGACUGGAUGCUCGUCGAGGCCUGGAACGUCGAGCACAACCAGCUCCACCACUACCACCUCGGCGAGAUCGCCGACCCGGAUCUGGUCGAGUUCAACAUGGACUACCUCCGGACGCUCGACGCCCCCAUGGCGCUCAAGUACGCCGCCGUGGCCUUCAUGUCCGUGACCUGGAAGUGGUGGUACUACGCGCCCAACACCUUCAAGCAGCUCAAGGCGAACGAGCGCCGCCGCGCGGGGCUCCCGCCGCUCGAGGGCUUCCUGUCCCGCGUCCUCGGGCCCUACUUUGUGCAGCGCUUCGUGCUCAUGCCGCUGCCCGUGCUGUUGGCGCUCGGCUUCCCCGCGUACCGGACGGCGUGCGCGAACCUCUUCCUCGCGGAGCUCAUGACGAACUUCCACUCCUUCGUCGUCAUCGCCACGAACCACGCGGGCUUCGACCUCUACCGCUUCGACAAGCACUGCAAGCCCCGGUCCUCGACGUUCUACCUCCGCCAGGUCAUCUCGUCCGCCAACUUCGACUGCGGCACGGAUUUGAUCGACUUCAUGCACGGCUUCCUCAACUACCAGGUCGAGCACCACCUCUGGCCCGACCUCUCCAUGAAGUCCUACCAGAAGGCCCAGCCCAUGAUCCAGGCCCUCUGCAAGAAGCACAACGUCCCCUACAUCAAGGAGAACGUCUUCAAGCGCCUCUGGCUCCUCACGAAGGUCAUGGUCGGCACGGACUCCAUGCGCAAGUACCCCAACAAGUACGAGUACGCGCCGGACAUCGUCGCCGACGAGCCCGCGGCGGCCCACUAA